CGCUCCGGCAGUUCCGUCCCCGUGAUCUCCUCACCCGGCGGAGCAGCCGCUCCGCACCCAUGGGACGCCGAGGGGGCGGUGGCGGGGACCGCAGCAGCUCCCCGGAGCGGGGGCCGGGGACCGCCAAAGGUCUGUUCUCAAAUAUCUGGUUAUGGCGAGGUGUUGCUGGAGUCCUUGCUGCUGCUGUCAUUUUGAUUUUGUGUAUUCAGUUUGUAAACCGUUCUUCAGACAAAGGUUUUCCUGUUUGUCCUUCCCUGGAACUCUGUCCAUCAGAUUGGCUCUAUUUCCAGAGGAAAUGCUAUUACCUCUCGGAGAGUGAAGCCAACUGGAACUCCAGUCAGAGCUUCUGCUCUUUGCACAAUGCUUCUCUCCUGGUGAUCGAAGAUCAUCAGGAACUGAGUUUUAUGGUGAAGAUAACAAAGGAAGACCCGUGGAUUGGACUCUAUAAAAGAAAUGAAGAGUUCUUUUGGGUAAAUGGGAAAGCAUUAGACAAUGAACUGAUUGAAGUAAAAGGCUCUGGAAACUGUGCCUAUCUUGAGUCAAAAGGAGUCUCGGCCUCUGGAUGUUAUUUAACCAGGAAGUGGGUCUGUAGCUUGAGUAUUAGCUUAGCACGAUAAAGGUGGAUGAAGCCACCACCCUAACACUUAACUGCUCUGAUAUGAUGCCUGCACAGGCUAUGUCUAUACUCUGGGUGCUGGGAACACAUCUCAGCUCCUGCCUGGAGGUGAAUGACCUUUCUGGUAGCCAGAAUUCUCUGCCCAUGUAGGAAGCUUCUGUUUUUUAAAGAUACCAUUUAAAAGGCUUGCUUCAGCAUCUUGAUAAGUCAUUUCCUUGCCCCAUUUUUCUAGCUACUGCUCAGCCUAUAGUUUCUUUCUGUUGUGUCAUGAGUAUUUCUUCCACUAACUCUUCUCUUGCAGGAUCCUAAGCAGCUGCUCUUUCUUUUCCUUUUUGGUGUGCAGUUGGAGGCAUUUGUUCUGCUUUUCCCUUAGCCAAGCUCUGUGUGCAGGGAUGGUUUGUGAAGUGGGUCUGCCUGAAGGUCUACCAGUGCCUCUCAGAUAUAGGGUGAUGCAGAAAUGAACGCUGUUGUUUUAGACAGGGCCAUUGCAGAUUUUGCUCUCCUCAUUUGAUGGGGUGCAUCUUUUGUGAUUCCGCAUUGUGUUCCAUGUUUUGCUAAUGUUAUUUUGCAUUAAUCAUGUUAAAUUAGCUUGACAGUAUUAUCAUUGGCAUUUAUGUAGCUGCACUGUGCCUGAGGUGGUUCUUCCCACAGCACUUACAUUACAAAAAAAAAAGUCAUCAGAAUAGAUAGAAUAUUUAUUUACCUGAGCAUCUGCAGUAAUGGGGAAAAAGAGCUUGAACUGAAAAAGUAAUAGUGAAGCUGCAGGUGUUAAUGUUGUAAAGUUAGAAAUAGUUCUCAGUGUAAAUAGGCAAAAUCAUGAGUAGAGAAUAAGAGAAUGAACAGUAAAGGAUUUUCUCUGUGGUUUUCUGGUGUCCUGUGCCUCUCAGAUCAUGAGGCUUCCAAGCAAGCGGUUCAUUUCUGGAUGGACAAUGACUGUGUUUUUCCAUGUGCGUAUCAUUUUCAGCAGCAGCACCCAAUGCUGUUGAGUUGCUAUGAGCCUGAAUAGAAUUGGGAUGCAGUCCUGCUGAACUCUGUCCACUCAUGGCUAGCAGGUAACCCGAAGAUUAAAAGUGCCAUUUGACCCAGAGGAGGCAAAGCAGUUUAUUUUCCUGGAAGGACUAUUUUCCUAUCGGGUUUCUAGAGGAGGAAUAAUGGGAAAUUCGCGUGUAUAGCAGGGCAAAAUACUUCCCUGCCUAGAAUAAAAUCUGGAAAACUCGUUUUCGUGGGAUCUGGGUGCUAUGGAGAGGGCUAUGGACUCCGCGGGACUUCUUGGAGGAGCAAGUGGAGCCAGUUUUGGAGUAGCCACUAGAGCGCGCUGUAGUUUCAGGGAAGGGGAGAUAACUCUGCCUUCUCGUUUUUUAGGAAUGUAAAGUUGCACCAGGUUUGACAGAUUAUGUGAAGUCUUGUUGGUGCGUUGGGGUUUUUUGUCCCAUUUGUAAUUAUUUUUGCCUUCACCGUGUUUUUAUGCAAAUUUUAUUGCUGUCUAGUUUCGUUCACGUCUCGGUUAUGCUUUCAUUAUUUUCUGUGACAAUAGGACUUUACUGUAACAGGCCCAUGCAGUAUGGAUAUUGUUAACAACUUGUGACUUUUAGAUGUUUAUUUAUGUACGGUCACUAAUGUUGCUGAACUACACCUUUUUUAAUUGCUUGUAUUCUUUAUAGGCACAGUAACAGAACUCUACAGUAUGAAUACCCUAAUAAUCUAUGUGUUAAUUUAUAAGUAACUAGUUGAGGGGAGGGCAUUCUGCAAUGUUUUUAAAUUAACUAGCUCUGAAGGAUAUGGUAUGUGCAAUAGUCCUGAACGAUAAUAAAUAUCUUUACAGAGCCUCUGAA